GCUCCAGACUUAUUGGACCCUAAAUCUGCCACUCACAACACCAAGCCCCGCCUCUCCUUCUCCACAAAGCCAAUCACACUGACUCCCCGGGAGGAGAGCGAGGUGGUGGCCACAGUGAUGAAAUGGAAGACGGUGACAGCCAUCUUUCUUUUGGUGGUUCUGUACCUGGUGAUGGGAGCAGCCGUCUUCAGAUCCCUGGAACAGCCUCACGAGAGUGCCCAGCGUUUGGCCAUCCUGUCCCAGAAGCUGGAGUUCCUGGCCAGACACUCCUGUGUCAACCAAAGCCAAUUGGAGGAGCUGGUUAAGCAAGUUGUGUCUGCUAUCCGUUCAGGAGUAAACCCUGCAGGAACCCUGACCAACCACAGCAGCCUGUGGGACCUGAGCUCUGCUUUCUUCUUUGCUGGGACUGUCAUCACAACCAUUGGUUUUGGGAACAUUUCUCCCCACACAGAGGGCGGAAGAAUAUUCUGCAUCGUCUAUGCGUUGCUGGGGAUACCUCUGUUCGGCUUUCUUUUGGCGGGUGUGGGGGAUCAGCUCGGCACCAUAUUCGGCAAGGGCAUCGCCAGAGUGGAGAAGAUGUUUGUGCACUGGGACAUCAGUCAGACAAAAAUUCGGGUCAUAUCCACCCUGCUGUUUGUGUUGUUUGGCUGCUUGCUGUUUGUGGCGCUCCCAGCAGCCAUCUUUAAACACAUUGAGGGUUGGUCUGCGCUGGAGUCUCUUUACUUUGUGGUCAUUACCCUGACCACCAUAGGAUUUGGGGACUUUGUAGCAGGUGUUUGAAAGGCUCACUAUCUCUCUCUGUCUCUGUGUCUAGGUGGUUCGGAAAUCGAGUACUUGGACUACUAUAAACCAGUUGUAUGGUUCUGGAUUCUGGUGGGUUUGGCGUACUUUGCUGCCAUUCUCAGCAUGAUAGGAGACUGGCUGAGAGUUAUCUCCAAGAGGACCAAAGAAGAGGUUGGAGAGAUCCGUGCUCACGCUGCAGAGUGGACAGCUAACGUCUCAGCAGAGUUCAAAGAAACACGCAGACGUGUUAGUGUUGAGAUCUACGACAAGUUCCAACGUGCUGCAUCGAUUAAACGCAAACUGUCCUCGGAGCUGGGAUUCAGCCCGGCCUCUGAGCUCACACUGCCCCGGAGAAGUGUGUCGGUCAAUUACAAUGAUGAGCGAGAGAGGUACGAGAAGGAGGCUGGGCUGCAGGGCCUGACGACACCACUCGCAAGAAACGGUGGUUUGUACGUGAAUGGGUUGGACCCAGAGAGAGGAGAUAUCUCAAUUAUAGAGCACCUCAAGUAG